AUGUCCGAGAAGACGAACCCGUACCCGACCGUCCAAGAGACGCUCAAGCAUCCGGCCUAUCCGACGGCGAUAUGGAAGCUGGUGCCGCACAAGAAAGGCCAUGCGACCGUCGCCGAGGGCCGUGGGGGCCCUUUUAGGAUCGGUUGGGAGAUUCACGGAUCCGGACCUACCAAGCUCGUUAUGAUUAUCGGUCUUGGAUCCUUCUGCGUAGCUUGGCAGUGCCAAACACUCUACUUUGGCCACGAGAAGGGUGACCAAUAUUCGGUCCUGCUAAUCGACAACAGAGGCAUGGGCAACAGCGACGUCCCGCUGAUGCGCUACUCGACCUCGGACAUGGCGCUCGACGUGCUAGAGGUGGCGACGCACGUCGGCUGGACCGACCGCAAGUCGCUGCACGUCGUCGGCAUCUCGCUCGGCGGCAUGAUCGCACAGGAGGUGGCGUGCGCCUCGCCCGAGCGCCUCGCCAGCCUCUCGCUGCUGUCGACCGCCGCCGAGAUCCGCAACACCGACUCGUUCCUCGUCAACCUCCAGAACCGCGCCGCCCUGCUCAUCCCCCGCGGCAUCGAGGUCUCGGUCGGGGGCUCGGCGAAGCGCAUUUUUGCCAGGGACUGGCUCGAGAAGCCCGACGCCUUUCGCGUCCCGACCAAGGACUCCCCCCGCGUGGAGAUGCCAGAGGGCGGAGAGUAUUUGAGGUUUGAUAGUAACUAUCAGCGCUUCGUGGCACAGGAAAUGCACAAACGUCUCGACAAGGAACGUUUCGGAAGCACGGGAUUCGUGUUGCAGCUCAUUGCAGCGGGCUGGCACUACAAGAGCCGUGAGCAGCUGUCCGAGAUGGCAGACGCCGUCGGUAGGGAUCGCAUCCUGGUGCUGCACGGCACCGCCGAUGAGAUGAUCAGCGUCCCGCACGGCAAGAUACUCAUCGACUUCAUCAAGCCAAAGACUGGCGUGAUCCUGGAGGGUGCGGGCCAUGGUAUCCCGCUUGAGAGGACCGAGUGGCUCAACUCGCUCCUUGAGGACCACUUGCAGUCCGUGUUGCAGCUUGAGAGCUCAUCGAAGCUUUGA